AUGUGCUCUCUAUAAUUUGCAACUCGUUGUUUCUGAAUAUGGGUAUCUUUGUAGUACAAAAUGCUCCCUCACUUCCACUUUUAUCAAAUUCAUCAUCACUUUCUAUAACUCCUUCGUUGUUUCAAUAUCACCAGGUUCAUUUUUCUAAUCUUCCUAAUCACAAACCAAUAACCAGAACAAGAAUCAGAAGCACCCUUAACUUCAACAUGUCUCUCUCUUCAGAAAAACCAGGUUUUGAGCAAAAGAGAGUCAUAAUACCCAAUAAGCAUGGUGAAAAAUUAGUGGGUAUAUUGCAAGAUUCUGGAACUAAGGAGAUUGUAAUCUUGUGCCAUGGCUUUCGCUCCUCAAAAGAAUCCAAAUCCAUAGUGAACAUUGCUGCUGCAUUGGAAAAAGCUGGAAUCAGUUCUUUCCGCUUUGACUUUUCUGGAAAUGGGGAAAGUGAUGGUUCGUUUCAGUAUGGCAACUACUGGAGAGAGGCUGAGGACUUGCAUGCUGUAACUCAACAUUUCCUAGAAUCAAACCGUUCGGUGACUGCAAUUCUUGGGCACAGUAAAGGUGGUGGCGUGGUGCUUCUAUAUGCUUCAAAAUAUCAUGACAUCAAAGCAGUCGUCAAUGUCUCUGGACGCUAUGAUCUGAAGGAUGGAGUUGAAGAACGCCUUGGAAAAGAUUAUAUGGAAAGAAUUAAGGAGGAUGGUUUCAUUGACGUGAAGAGGCCAGGAAGUUCCGACUACCGUGUGACUCUGGAAAGUUUGCUGGAUCGCCUAAAUACAAAUAUGCAUGAAGCAUGCCUUCAGAUUGAUAAAGAAUGCAGGGUCCUUACAGUUCACGGUUCUUCAGACACCGUUAUAUCUGUUGGAGAUGCAUCUAAGUUUGCCCAGAUUUUACCAAACCACACAUUACAUAUCAUAGAAGGAGCUGAUCAUCCCUACACUAAUCACCAAGAUGAGCUAGCUUCGUUAGUUGUUAACUUCAUAAAAGAAACCAUACACCAAGAUAGGGAUACUUAGUUCUUAGUCAAUUGAAGUUACUACCGACAACAUAUUCUCUCAAAGAUACGGCAUUGUUCAACAUUUUUUAGCUCUUCUAUUUUUUGCUCAUUAAAUUAGUGAAUCUUGCUUUUAUAGGCAAGAAUUCAACGGCAGAACAAUAUUGUACUGUGUUAUUUGCCCCUGAUAUGAUGUACCGUGUUAUUUUGACAUUAUUGAUUAUGAGCUGAGGGUUCUCAAAACCACAACUUUCAAAACGAUUUUCCUUAAA